AAACAUUUCCGUUUGUUUUGUAACAUCGUACUCGUACUGCAUUCGUAGCAAUAAUUACAAAUUUUCCCAAUUCAGUGAAAUCAUAGUUAUUUAGCACAUAAUACAGUAGUGAAAUGUUAAAAUUGUAAACAACUGGUUCCAAUAGCUAUUCAAAAUGUCAGAAACUAAGGAAAUGCAAAGUGAAGAACGUGAGGCGCUUGCUUCCAUUUACGAAGGUGAUAACUUCUUCAAGCAGGUGAACGGAGAGACCUUCCAAUAUAAGUACGGCGAAGAAGAUGGAAGUAAAUCUUUUCUGUUAGAAAUAUGCUGGCAAGAAAACUAUCCUAAUGAGCUUCCGACCAUCAAUAUGGAUACAUUUUAUAACAGGAAUCUAUCUCGUCCCUUGAAAGACAAAAUCAUCUCGAUGUUGAAGGAGGAAGGCGAGCAGUGGUUGGGUUGCGGAAUGACCUACACGCUAUUCGAGUGCCUUAAGGAUAAAGUGGAGGAAUUGCUGGCGGACGCGAGCCUAACCACGGGUGGAACCGAGCAGCAGGUGGUAAUAGGGACGAAUCAUCAAGAGGAUGCUCAACGCAGCUCCGACGAGGAAGAUGGCGACGAGCGGGGGACAAAGAGCAGUGGCCCCGGAGCCGGUGGAGGUGGUCAGAAGAAGGAACAGUUGACGAAGGCGCAAAAACGAAAGCAGUGGGAUCGGGUCGACAACAAGGGAAACCGCCCCAGAGGCUGGGACUGGGUUGACAUCAUCAAGCAUCUGUCGCAGACGGGUGGAAAACCAGAGUAGUUUUGAACAUUUUUUUGGCUAAACGCAUGCUAAAAGAGAAAAUAAAUUACGUUGCUAUUAUGAAUGAA